AUGAAGCCAAGGAGAGGAAGCCAAGGAGAGGAAGCCAAGGAGAGGAAGCCAAGGAGAGGAAGCCAAGGAGAGGAAGCCAAGGAGAGGAAGCCAAGGAGAGGAAGCCAAGGAGAGGAAGCCAAGGAGAGGAAGCCAAGGAGAGGAAGCCAAGGAGAGGAAGCCAAGGAGAGGAAGCCAAGGAGAGGAAGCCAAGGAGAGGAAGCCAAGGAGAGGAAGCCAAGGAGAGGAAGCCAAGGAGAGGAAGCCAAGGAGAGGAAGCCAAGGAGAGGAAGCCAAGGAGAGGAAGCCAAGGAGAGGAAGCCAAGGAGAGGAAGCCAAGGAGAGGAAGCCAAGGAGAGGAAGCCAAGGAGAGGAAGCCAAGGAGAGGAAGCCAAGGAGAGGAAGCCAAGGAGAGGAAGCCAAGGAGAGGAAGCCAAGGAGAGGAAGCCAAGGAGAGGAAGCCAAGGAGAGGAAGCCAAGGAGAGGAAGCCAAGGAGAGGAAGCCAAGGAGAGGAAGCCAAGGAGAGGAAGCCAAGGAGAGGAAGCCAAGGAGAGGAAGCCAAGGAGAGGAAGCCAAGGAGAGGAAGCCAAGGAGAGGAAGCCAAGGAGAGGAAGCCAAGGAGAGGAAGCCAAGGAGAGGAAGCCAAGGAGAGGAAGCCAAGGAGAGGAAGCCAAGGAGAGGAAGCCAAGGAGAGGAAGCCAAGGAGAGGAAGCCAAGGAGAGGAAGCCAAGGAGAGGAAGCCAAGGAGAGGAAGCCAAGGAGAGGAAGCCAAGGAGAGGAAGCCAAGGAGAGGAAGCCAAGGAGAGGAAGCCAAGGAGAGGAAGCCAAGGAGAGGAAGCCAAGGAGAGGAAGCCAAGGAGAGGAAGCCAAGGAGAGGAAGCCAAGGAGAGGAAGCCAAGGAGAGGAAGCCAAGGAGAGGAAGCCAAGGAGAGGAAGCCAAGGAGAGGAAGCCAAGGAGAGGAAGCCAAGGAGAGGAAGCCAAGGAGAGGAAGCCAAGGAGAGGAAGCCAAGGAGAGGAAGCCAAGGAGAGGAAGCCAAGGAGAGGAAGCCAAGGAGAGGAAGCCAAGGAGAGGAAGCCAAGGAGAGGAAGCCAAGGAGAGGAAGCCAAGGAGAGGAAGCCAAGGAGAGGAAGCCAAGGAGAGGAAGCCAAGGAGAGGAAGCCAAGGAGAGGAAGCCAAGGAGAGGAAGCCAAGGAGAGGAAGCCAAGGAGAGGAAGCCAAGGAGAGGAAGCCAAGGAGAGGAAGCCAAGGAGAGGAAGCCAAGGAGAGGAAGCCAAGGAGAGGAAGCCAAGGAGAGGAAGCCAAGGAGAGGAAGCCAAGGAGAGGAAGCCAAGGAGAGGAAGCCAAGGAGAGGAAGCCAAGGAGAGGAAGCCAAGGAGAGGAAGCCAAGGAGAGGAAGCCAAGGAGAGGAAGCCAAGGAGAGGAAGGCAAGGGAAAGAGUAA